GCUUGGCGGCUGGUCGUGAGAAUGGUGCGUUUCUUAGAUGAACAAAGCAAAUUCAAUUAUUAUAAGUUCAAAGUAGAUAAUGUCGUCUGAGCCUACAAAAGUGGACGUAGAGUACAUUAGUGAGGAAAAACUAUUAAAGGAAAAUAGUGGCAGUCAAUCACCACUAGCUCUCUUAGCAGCAACCUGUAGCCGACUUGGCCCCGCCAACAUGGGGCCAGAACAGGACAAAGAGCAGCAGCAUUACAGCCCGCAGCAGCAGCAGCAAGUGCAACAACAGCAGCAGCAACAACAACAACAACAGCAACAACAACAACAACAGCAGCAGCAACAACAACAGCAACAUCAACAACAGGUCCAACAACUCGUACAACAAGGCGAAGUUGCGCUCAUACAACAAUAUCAACAGCCUCACUUGAGGGUCAUCAGCACUGCUGUUGUGCAACAGCUCAGAGCGCAAGGGCUGUCGGGCAAUGAACUGUCUGCGGCGAUCGUCAAUGCAGCAAGCACUGUACCUAAUGGUAUACAAGUUCAACAACCCCAGGUGAUAUCGAUGCAGCAGUUGCAGUCCCUCUUGGGCGGAGGAGUUGUCCAGAGUUCAGAUGGCGCCACUUAUCAGAAUGCGUCACAACCCUUAUUGCAAAUACAUCCACAACUUUUACAGCAACAAGCUGGGAACGUGUAUGGUAGUUGUCUUGUGGGGGGCGUUGGAGGGGGCGUGGCCCCAAUGCAAACUGUCACUGUUGACGGACAAGAGGCGCUCUUCAUACCAGCACAACAUGCUCAGAAUUUCUCAGGCAUGGGCCAAGUGAGCCUUGUGAAUGGUCAAUUAGUUCGGACGCCAGUGUUGCCAGCCGGCUUCCUACAAAACGUCAUGCAUUUACCCACAGGCGGGGGCGUGGCAGUCCGCGGGGGUGUGGGCGGAGUGGGGGGCAUGGGCAUGGUGCCAGUGCAAGUGCCCGUGAGCAUGGCCAACGGACACACGGUGUACCAGACUCUACAUGUGCCGAUACAUGCGCCGCAUUUGCAGAUUAUACCGCAGUUACAACAGAUGCAAGCACAACCCCAGGUCGCGAAUGUCCUGACUCCAUCAGGUCAGAUUCAGCAGAUACAGAUCGCUUCACUUGGCAAUGUUCAGCAAAAUGGCGCUACACAAAACGCAGUCAGCGGCUCCCCCACACCCGCUACUAUAACGCUGCAGGCGGUGAAUCAGAUCCAGACUGAUGCAAGUGGAAUUCAGCAGCAACCGACACAGACGAUUAUAACGACCACACCCAAUGGUCAACAGGUCACAGUUAUACCUGCUUGUAAUAAUAUGCCAACAUUGGGCGUUGGGGGGUUAGGCGGUGCGGUCCAAUUGGUCCCAGCGAUGGGGCUGCCGGGUGCAGUUCAGUUGGCACAGAUACCACAAGCGCAACCACAGGCACAACAACAGCAAACAGUGUCUAUUGGUCAGCAGAUACAACAGGACCCCAAUGAGCCCGGCAAGUGGCAAGUGGUGACUGUGAGCUCUGGCAGCGGCAGCAAUGGCAACGCUGUCAGUCCCACCACGGAGUGCGAGGCCAGCAAACAGAGGUCCGAAAGCCCCAAUAGUGGGAAGCGGCUGGUGAAAAGGGUCGCCUGCACCUGUCCCAACUGUGAUCAGGGGGAGAACCGAAUGGUGGAUCGCAAGAAGCAGCAUGUCUGCCACAUUCCAGGCUGCAACAAGGUGUACGGGAAGACUUCGCAUCUACGAGCUCAUCUGAGAUGGCAUUCCGGGGAGAGGCCCUUCCUCUGCAACUGGCUUUUCUGCGGGAAAAGAUUCACCCGGUCGGACGAAUUGCAGCGACACAGACGGACACACACAGGUGAAAAGCGGUUCGAGUGUCCCGAAUGCAGUAAACGGUUUAUGAGGUCCGAUCAUUUGGCCAAACAUGUCCGGAUACACACGAAGAAUAGGAUUACUGAGGUGGCAACAUCAACACAGUCCAUGUACUCGGAUUCAGCGGAGGACAGUUGUGAAGAGAAAAUGAUGCUCACGAUAGAAACCAUACACUCCAACGAGAACGACGAGAAGCUGGUGAUGAUCAGGCCUGGGCCCAAGAUGGAGCCAGAUCACGUGGACAGUUAGGACGCGCUUAUCUUGGAUUCCGACCAGGAAUAAGGUCUGAACCAAGAGAUAGGGAAAUGAACUGCAAUAGAUGUAGAUAUAUUUGGUCCAAUGGAGGAGUAAAAAAGAUAUUUAGUGGCUUCGAAGUCAGUGAAAUAUUUUAUUCAAGACCAGGUUGUGACGAAAUUCUACUCGUGAUUGCUAGGAGUGCUACAAUUAACAAAGUAAUGCUAAAACAAUUUUUUCUAGAAAAAUCUACGCGUCGU